AUGCAUACAUAUAAUCCAUUUACACUUCCGGAUAUUAUUAGUGAAAUCACCCCAAAACUUUCGUUAGAGGAUCUCGACAAAUUCUGUUGGAUUAAUAAAACUUGGUACAAAGAAAUUCAAUACGAACUCCGAAAAAGGUGGGAGAUACAAGUGUUAAAGGGUCAUAAAUUAGAGCUUGAAAAAGAUGAGAAAAUAAAGAAAACGCUAGAGAGUCAUUCAGAUGAUGAAGAAGAUCAAGGAUAUUUGGAAUAUGAUAUAGAGCUUAAAUAUCUUGCAAAGCUACUUGAGACCGCUAAAAAACAGGUAGAGAUUGAAAGGUAUAUGUUUGCCAAUGGAAUGUUUCAUGGGCAAGAAAAAGAAAUCGCUAAAAAUAAUAUACAGCAAAUAGCUAAUGAAAAAAUUCCCUGGGGGUACACAUAUGAUGGGGGGUAUGAAAAUAAUUUGGGAUAUGUAGAUGAUUGGAAUAUGAUGGAACUACUGGAGCAGCGUUUAUUAAUACCUGGAUAUGAAAUUAAUAAUAGAGAUUACUGGAAAAAUUUUGUAUUUCGUAUCAAAAAUAAUUUAACUACCCAUAAGCAAAUAGGUAAUGACCCUAAAUAUAGGGAUUUUAAAGUUCAACUAGCAUUGCAUAAAGAAAAUCGUGCAUCAUUAAUUAUCCAGCAGGCAUAUCGUCUACGGAGAAAACAAAUUAAUUCUGCUAAAAUAAUCCAAAAUGCUGUAAUUAAAUGGCUCUAUCGACCAGGCGGAUCAUUUAUGAAACAUGCUCAGGAUCG